AUGUCCAAAUACUCACAGGAAAUAGAUUACAUGUACAAUGAAGACGAAGAAGAUGAUCUCUGCAUCAGUAUUGAAGGCUUCAAAGUGUCUGAGCAGUACUCGAGCUUCAAUAAAGAAACCCUACGUUCUCCAAUGCUGAAGGAGAAGCAGAUAUCUGUUGAUCCAAUUUCACUUAAACAGUCAAUGAGGUAUGAAGAAGGUCCUCCUCCUUUGUCGUUACCAUCCAAUAUUAUUGAUGUUACUGCUUCCUUCACAAAUGUUUCGCCCCAGCACUACCCACCACCAUUGCCACCUAAUUCAAAGCACAAUAAGUUAGUAAGUUCCAGCUUACCCAGUUCCACAACAACUUCUCCUCGUUCUCAGACCAAGAAUGUCAAGAAAGGGAGAAGAAACCAGCAAGCAGCAGAGGCGGCGGCUUCACUGGGUCUCUCUCGUUUUGCUACAGAAAGUCUAUUAUUUAGAAGCAAGUCAUGUGGGGAGGGACGAGCUUCUUCUCCAUCUGAUGAAUUUGAUCUUUUCUCUAGAAAACUAUCAUCUACUCCUCCUUCUCCUAAGCAUGAAAAUAUUGAAGAGGAUCAAGAUGGAUUCUACCCAGAAUACAAACCCAAUGAUGAUGAUGUACAUGUUAGUGGUAAGAAUAAUAAGGCUAGUUAUAGAGGUCACAAUAUUAAUCCAAGAAGCUAUAAGGAUGAAAUAGACAUUUUCAAAUGUGGAAAAUGUUUGUUCUUGCCAGCCUUUGGUAAGGGAAAGCCGGUGAGAGCUCGAAAGGAAGAGGAAGAAGAAGGAGAUCAAGCAGUAGUAGUAGUGGAGAGAAAUGUGAUAUCAAGAUCAGUUUCUUUGGAGAAAUUUGAAUGUGAGUCUUGGACUUCAUCAGCUAUAAUGAAUGAAGUUGAUGAUGACCGUGAUUCCAUGCGUCAUCUCUAUUUUGAUCUACCAUUGGAGUUGAUUCGAAACUGCGGUAACGACGCGAAUUCUCCGGUUAAAACAGCUUUUCUUUUCGACAGCGAUCGAAGUGGAGCCGUUAAUAAGAGCUCAUCAUCAUCAUCUCGGCAUGUUCGAUUUUCUUCGACUGGAUCAUCAGGUUCUUGUAUUACACCACGUUUGCGCAAGGCAAGAGAUGACUUCAAUGCAUUCUUACAAGCACAGAAUGCUUAG